AUCAUUGCCUAAGUGGGGCCCAGCCCUUCGGAAGUACAGUUUCAUUCUAAAAAAUUAACGGAGCCGUAACACACUGUCACGGUACUGGUGUGGAUAGUUCACCUUACCCAAUUACCGUUACUAAUUUAAGUAAGGUUUCUUCAUUUCCUUCAACGAUCCUUCACUGAAACCUAACGUCGUCUACCUCCCGUUCCGUCUCCCUGGUUCGAAAACCCUAACCCUAAUUUCUGCCCCCGAAAAUCUUUCCUUCUUCUUCUCUCUCUCUUCUAUGGCCUCCUGCGACGACGAUUUCAACCUUCUCAGUGACGAUAACCAGACAACGCCUCACCCUCACCACCACCACCACCAACACAACCUUCAUCACCCCCACCCAUCAUUCGUUCCUCAUCGAUUUACAACUGCUGCUGCUAAGCCCAUUCCUAUCCACCCUCCUUCUCAUCCUCUCAACAACCUUCGUCCCACCAAUGCCGCCGGAACCGGCGGCAUAAGUCCUAAGAAGGUAGCUGGAGCCGCCGCUAAUGCCGCCGGAGAUGAAGACGAUACAGACGCAUACAGCGACGCUGCCUUCUGCUCCCAGGCUGACCCCAAGUGCCCUCCCCCUUUUCACGAUGUUAACCCUAAUUGUUUUGUUCCCGAAGACGAUCCCAAUCCCUUCGCUGCGGAGGAGGAGUCAGACCCUAACAAAGCUCAACCUGGUAAUGUUCGUAUCGAUAAGCGUAAGGAUCGUGACGAACUUAGCGAUGGAGGUACCCCUUACAGCUACAGGAAGUCCAAGGCUGGUGGUGGUUCUGGUUCCGCUACGGGUACCUCUGGUGGGGGUGAUUAUAGGAAGGAUCGUGAGGAGUGGAGUGAUUCUGCGAUUGGUUGUCUUCUCGACGCGUAUUCGGAGAAGUUUGUUCAGCUGAAUCGGGGGAAUCUGAGAGGGAGAGACUGGGAGGAGGUGUCGUCGAUUGUGAGCGAUAGGUGUGAGAAACAAAAGUCUUAUAAGAGUGUGGAGCAGUGUAAGAAUAAGGUGGAUAAUUUGAAGAAGAGAUAUAAGGUUGAAAGGCAUCGGAUGACUAGUGGUGGUAUGACGGUUAGUCACUGGCCUUGGUUUAAGAAGAUGGAGCAGAUUGUUGGGAACUCUGCCUCGUCCAGGGCUUUGUCUGAUGAAGACAAGUCCAUGGGGGCCUCUUCUAGUAUGCUUAAGCAAAACAAGAGAUAUGGAAUUUCGGCGCCUAGCCCAGGUAGCUUGCCAAAUACCAUGAAGUCCAAAUCAUUGACAAAUCCUAGAUGGCGGAGAGUGGUUUUUAAAAUUAGUGGUGCUGCAUUAGCUGGGACUGGCCCUCAGAAUAUUGAACCAAAGGUGACCAUGCUGAUUGCUAGAGAAGUUGCAGUGGCUUCCCGCCUUGGAGUGCAGGUUGCAAUUGUUGUUGGGGGUCGUAAUUUCUUUUGUGGAGACACAUGGGUAGCUGCAACUGGUCUUGAUAGAUCUACGGCAUACCAGAUAGGGAUGAUGGCGACUGUAAUGAACUCAAUUUUGCUUCAGUCAGCUUUAGAGAAGAUGGGUGUUCAGACUCGUGUACAAACAGUAUUUCAGAUUCCAGAGGUUGCUGAACCAUACAGCAGGAAACGGGCUGUUCGGCAUCUUGAAAAAGGAAGAGUUGUUAUAUUUGGUGGUAUUGGGGCAGGCAUGGGAAAUCCUCUCUUCACAACAGAUACAGCAGCAGCUUUAAGAGCAUCAGAGAUAAAUGCGGAAGCAAUUCUCAAAGGUACCAAUGUUGAGGGUGUCUUUGACUCUAGAAGCAACGCCAAUGUUAAUUUUGAGCACAUUUCUUUUCGGGAAUUUGUCACCAGAGGUGUUUCCUCCAUGGACAUGAUGGCAGUAACAUUCUGUGAGGAGAAUGGAAUCCCUGUCGUCGUCUUCAAUCUAAAUGAGCCUGGGAAUAUUUCUAGAGCAUUAUGUGGAGACCAAGUCGGUACCCUGAUUGAUCAAGCAGGAAGGAUCAGCUGAUGCAUAAUGAACCCAUCUUUGAUGGUGGAUGCUGCUGAAGCCUCAGAAGCACGAACAAUAAGAACAUAAGAUACAAACUGAGCAUGAUGUAACCUUGGUUCACUCAAAUUAAGCUAUCAUGGUCAAUUUCCAUCCAUUUGAAGCCAAAAUGGAAUCCAGCAAGUCUGUUCUUUUAAUUUGAAGCUACUACUGUGGAUACAGGAGUGUAGUGGAGGUUUGGGUUCGUUCUUUGCCACUGGCUAUUUUUUAAGUGGCAGAGUUAGGCAACAGCCCAAUUUGUUAUCUGUUCAGGUUUGCAGAGGGGGCCACGUUUGUUGAUACAGGAUUAGUGGUAUAAUUGGCUGAUGUUGUGUGCCCUUUGUAUUUAUUUUAAGAGUAACUGUAAAUUGUUGACAGUCCAGGUCAUAUAGUUUAUUUAUCUGAAUAU